AGCUCAUGGUUAGACAGCACCGGGGCAAAGUCGGAGGGAAAAUAAAAGCGAUCUUUAUAAAAACAUACAUUUCAGAUCAGCGGCUCCUGCAUCAUCCCGGAGGAAGCUGAGGAGCUGAGGAGCUGAGGAGCUGAGGAGCUGAGGAGCUGAGGGAGCCGCGUCCGCCGCACCAUGAGCCCGUGUGUCUUCCUCCCGGACAAUGCAGCGAGAUGCGGCGGCGAGGAGACCUUUCUUCCUGGAUCAGCGACGCUUGGCUCGAUCGCACCGAGAUCACAGCGGAAGGAUGCAACUUCAGCUUCAGCAUGACAAGCUAUGAUCAACACAAAAACUAGACUGUAGACCUUCAAUUACAAAGCCAGCGCUCAAGAAUGAAGACCAAAUAUGCCAUCGUCUUCAUCUGUAUUGUGGCCCUGGUCAUCAUUGAAAAAGAAAGCAACAUCAUCUCAAGGGUCUCUGAUAAGCUGACACAGCGGCAGAUUCCCCAGCAGACUCCACAGACCCCCCAGGAUUACAGCAACACGACGGAAAAUGGCUCCCUAACUUUACUGAAAGUGCUGCUGUCUCAACUUCCUGGUACAGAGAGGAAUUACUCAAACUACUCAGAGGGUCAACAAGAGGAGGCGCUGGACGCUUUUGGGACGUACAACAACAGUGGUGGCCGUAAGCACGUCUUACUCAUGGCCAGCACUCGAACAGGAUCCUCAUUUGUGGGGGAAUUCUUCAACCAGCAUGGGGACGGCAUGUUCUACUUGUUUGAGCCUUUGUGGCACAUCGAACGCAUGCUCACCACGACUGCCGAGGGAAGCAAUGGCACGGUGUUGGCAGGGAUAUACCGGGAUGUACUCCAGGCACUCUUCCUGUGCGACUUCUCUCCUCUUGAGAAGUUUAUCUCCCCUCCACCUCAACACCACGUCACGCCUGACCUAUUCCGCAGAGAGUCGAGUCUAUCACUCUGUGAAGAACCAGUCUGUACUCCUGCAAUUAAAGAUGUUUUUGAGAGGUAUCACUGUAAGACUCGUAACUGCGGGCCCCUGAACCUAACCCUGGCAUCUGAGUCCUGCCUAUCCAAAGAACACCAUGCGAUCAAGAGCGUUCGUGUGCGACAGCUGGAGACGCUGCAGUCUUUGGUGCAGGACCUUCGCUUGGACAUCAGAGUUAUCCAGCUGGUCCGAGAUCCACGAGCCAUCUUAGCAUCGCGCAUGGUGGCUUUCUCCUCCAAAUACCAGACAUGGAAGACGUGGGCACAGGACGGACAGGUGCCCGAAGACGACGAGGAGGUGAAGAGGCUCAGAGGAAACUGCGAUAACCUCAGGAAUUCUGCAGAAAUGGGACUGAGCCAGCCCCGCUGGCUGAGGAGGCGCUACAUGCUGGUGCGCUACGAGGAUAUUGCUCGAUACCCUAUGCAGAAGGCAGAGGAGAUGUACGCGUUCACAGGGAUACCGUUUAGUUCCCAAGCAAAGGAGUGGAUUCUGCGGAACACCCAGACUACACAAGAAGCGAGUGGGAUUUACUCCACCCAGAAGAACUCGUCAGAACAGGCGGAGAAAUGGAGAUUUAGUAUUCCCUUUACACUGGCUCAGGCUGUGCAGAAAGUAUGCGGACCCACCAUGAAGCUGUUUGGGUACAAGUUUGUGGAAGACGAAAAGUCACUUAUCAAUAAGUCUAUCACUUUGCUUGAAGAUAGGCUGUUUAAUUAAUUUAAAACACUGUAUGCCAUAGAUGAGACACAGAAGAAGCCAUUACUGCACAAACCAAAACAUACAAAAUACAUUGUGUUUUUACUGGCAACUGAACGAGGUUGAAGUCCCACAGUAACGUUCAUGCUCACCGACGAUGUGCCUCGUUAUAACAACAAAUGCCUCUUUUUAAAGAAAAGUUUAUUUGCAUACUGCUUUCACUGAAAAGCCUGUUACUUAAGCUUUAUGUGAUUAUCUUUAUUUCUUUUCAGAUGAAAUAAGCAUAGAUGUCAGCCCAGACUGGAUUAAAUUAUUAUCUAAGAUUGUAGUUUAUUCCUAUGUCACCGUUGGAUUUUCAGGAAAGAAGUAUAGUGUAACAGUGAUGUGUGUGCUUAUCUUAUUUCUGGGUAUGUGCAUAAGAAAAAAGUCAUUAAUAGUUAAAAUGGUCACAUUUUUUAACCAGAGUGCUGAAAUACAGAAACUGCUGGAUUCUCCUUUUAAUGCAUCUGAUGUGCUUUUAUCGAUUUUUACAAAUUGUACUCAGGUAAAGUGAAUGUGAUAUUGGUAACUUCAUGAGAAGUAUUGACUUGUUCCCUUCAGCAUGCAGUGUGAGGAAAUAAAUACGUUUUCAUCUUUUAAACCAAAUGCUGUUGAAAGCUUUGCGAUGUAAUUCAUGAGCCAUCAUAGUAUAGGACUUAAAAGCUCUAUCAAGCUGCGUACAUAAUAAUAAUAAUAAUAAUAAUAAUAAUAAUAAUAAUAAUAAUAAUAAUAAUAAUAAUAAUAAUAAUAAUAACUUUACAUGAGGAAGUGCCAUAGAUGAUAUAUGCCUUAUCGCAGUUGUUUAUUUAACAUUCCAACUUUUCUUUCAUUUUAGUAGAAGCUAUGCUGGAAGACUUGUUUAUUUACAUGCAAGUAAAUAUAUUGUUCUGUGACAAAUAGCCUCUAAUAAUUUACUAUUCUUAUUGCUGGACAGCUUAACUUAGUGGUCACUGAGUAAAUAAGUUAUAGUUGUGCAAAGAGUCUAAUUUUAACAUACGAAAGUAAUAAAAUCACCAGAAAUAUCCGGACCCAUGUAAACCCUUUAAAAUAUGUGUUUCUGUGUUUGGUGAUAGCGAAUAAAGUGUGUGAUGUGUGUUGUGUGUGUACAUGCACAUGGCCUAUGGCUUUAAAUGAAAUCCAGGUGGUGUUGCAUUGACGGUAUAUAAAGGUAACCACUGUGAAUCUGGCUCAAAGGCAGCAUUGUGUUCUGCAGGCCAUCCCCCAUGGACCUGCAACUCUGCUUAUCGAAGGGAAGUAGCAUUGACUGGAGAUUCGUGAAUCAGUGGGAUUCUUCUACCAUUGCUGUUAAAAUAUAAAUGUGAAUACUUAAAGAAGUGAUGAUUUGUCUAUACUUGCUAUUUUAUUUCAAAGGGAACAGAUGUCUUUGUUGGUUUGAAGUUGAAGUUUUGUGGUAGAAAAACAAAACAUUUAGAAAACAGUUUUUCUAAAUGCUGCGAGACUUGUGUUUUGUUAAAGCAAGUCUUAGUUUGAGGUUUAUUCUUGCAGUCCAAAUGUCAUGGGCCAAAUCUUUUUCAGUUUUUUACUUUACAUUUUAUUCUUUCUUAGACAUUUAUAUUUUAUUUUAUCAUCAAAUCUAAAAGCAGUCUGGUAUUAAAGUCUACAUUUUGUUAUUUAUGACAUCUCCGCCCAGCAUAAAAACUGCUCUCCAUCCAUGCUCGGUACAUUAUGUUCAUUGUGCUGAAAUGAAAACUGAACUUUUAUUAAACUGUCCUUUAUUCAGCCACAUUUUAGUAAAGUGACUGUUAUGACUUUACUUCCUUUUCUUUCAGCUUUUACAUUUCUCUUGCUGCUUUUGAACAUUUUUUAAUUCACCUUUAAGACUACAGAUCAACUUGUUUGUGCUUUUUUGGUCAGGCUAUUACUUUAAAGCAAUAACUCAUUGAAACAGUACUGAUAAUGUAGACUUGUCAAAAUCGUUGAUGUGUUCUGUUACUUGCUGCUGUUUGCCUUAUUUUUUAUUUUAUUUGACAGCAAUUUUAUGUUUAUGUUUGCAGAGGAAACCAAGGGCCUAUUCAGAGAUUAUGCUGAAGCAAAUGUAUCACUCAUGUGUAAAUAUUUUAUUGAAAUCAUAAUUAAAUAUAUUGUUUUGGUACUUCGAGGCUGUGAAACAAUUCUUAACUGAGCAAAUGCUUCUGUCAGGGGUUUGAAUUAUGAUUUAACCUCCUAAAGCCUGGUGUGGUUUGUUUUCUUGUUGCUUUGGGCUCGCAUUAGGAAAUUAAAUAUUAUGAU